UCAAAAAUUUCGAUCCAAUAUGAUAAUUCGAUAUAUACCAUACUAUACUCUCCGCUGACUAGUACAGUAGUACUAGUACAAAACAAAUCCACUCAUUUUCACCCUUUCUUCUUCCCCUCUGUUAUAAAGCCACCAUUUCCAAUCACAAAUUCCAGCUCAAAUUCCGCCAUUAAAAUCUAACAAACACUAUCUAUCAACCCCCUUUCCUUCAUUUUGCUUCACUUCCCUUUUUCUCCUCAAUAUUCCACUAUUAAUAACAUUUUCUUGAAUUUACCAAAUCCAACAAUUCUUCACACCAAUUUUUUGCCCCUCACAUUCCACCAUGAACAAUUUCUUAAUCCAAUAACAACAAAAAAUAAAGCACCCCUUUUUACCAAAUCUAACAGUUCUAACUUCAUUGUUGUGUGUCCUUUUUUCGAAUUUCGUGCACAGCGAAAGCUUUAGUUCUUUCCUUCAUCGAAUCCUGCACAUUGUGAAAACUUUAGUACUGUACUCCUCGAAUUACGCGCAUAACGGAAGGUUUAGUAUACCGUACUAUAUUUUUCCAUUUUUGCUUUUUUUUUUUUUUUGUGGAAGUUCCCAAAAAUGGUUUCACUGGAAAAUUCUCAUUCUCAUACUCAUCAUACUCAUGUUUCUUCUUCUACUACGACUACUGCUACUGCCCAUUACACCCAAACACGCCCUUAUUACUAUACACCCAAGCAUCACCAUCGUCCAAUUGGCCGGUCCAUGCGUACUAUCCGGUCUACUUUCUAUCAACCUGAUAACUCCGGUCCGGUUUACGAAUCCGAUUCCAUCGUCGAUUUUCGCCUUACUGAACUCGCUGAAAAACCCGCUCCGGUUCAUGAAACCGGUCCCGGUCCGGUCUACCUUGAUUUUCUAGAACUUUCUCAAACUUUCAGUGAUUUCUCCGCUUGUAGUAGUGAUAUUUCCGGUGAAUUAGAACGUUUAGCUCAAAUCCCGGGUCCGGGUCAACCCGACCCGGAACCAGAACUACCCAACCCGGAACCGGAGAUUGUUGAGAUUGUUGAACCGGAGGACAUUGAAUCAACGGUGAAACUUUGUGUAGACUGGUUACAAUCACCAUUAGUAGCUGUGAAAAGAUCAGCAGCGGAGAAGCUGAGGAUUUUUGCGAAGAAUAGAGCUGAUAAUCGGGCGUUGAUAGGUGAAUUAGGUGCAAUUCCGGCAUUGUUACCGCUGCUCCGGUGUCCUGAUCCGUGUACACAGGAGCACGCGGUAACAGGUUUACUAAACCUAUCGCUUCAUGAGCCGAAUAAGGCGUUGAUAGCGAAUUCAGGGGCGAUAAAGUCAUUGAUCUACGUGUUGAAAACGGGGACUGAAACAUCGAAGCAGAAUGCAGCUUGUGCAUUGUUAAGUUUAGCAUUGAUAGAUGAGAAUAAAUUAAGCAUUGGUGCUUGUGGUGGUGUUCCUCCUUUAGUUAUGUUGUUGAUUAACGGGACAAAUAGAGGGAAGAAGGAUGCGUUAACGACGCUAUAUAAGCUGUGUACGGUGAGGUUGAAUAAGGAGCGUGCGGUGAAUGCUGGUGUAGUGAAGCCAUUGGUGGGGUUAGUGUGUGAGGAAGGGACGGGGUUAGCGGAGAAGGCGAUGGUGGUGUUGAGUAGCUUAACGGGGAUUGAGAUGGGGAAGGAGAGUAUCGUUGAGGAAGGUGGGAUUGGUGCAUUGGUAGAAGUGAUUGAAGAUGGAUCGGAUAAAGGGAAGGAAUUUGCGGUGAUGACACUUUUGCAGUUGUGUGUUGAUAGUGUAAGGAAUAGAGGACUUCUUGUUAGGGAAGGAGGGAUUCCUCCUCUUGUCGCGUUGUCGCAGACUGGUACUGCUAAAGCUAAGCAUAAGGCGGAAACAUUAUUGGCAUACUUGAGGGAACCGAGACAAGAGGCUUCUACUUCAACUCCGUAGAGAGGUAUCAGCUUAUAGAAAGUGUUUUGAAGAGUUUGUACAGAGUGGUUGAUAAAUUUAGGAGUUCAUUACAUACGUUAGGUAAUCAAGAAAAAUAAAUAUGAAGUUAUUUUUACCUGUUGCUGGUGGGAGUUGACAGGUAUCAUGUGGAAUUAGUCGAGGUGCGCACAAGCUGGGCCCGGACACCACAUUUAUUUUUUUAAAAAAGUGUUAGUUUAAGGAAACUAACCUAUUUAGGUGAUUUUUUACUUGGUAUUACAGAGUAGCUACUAUUAUCUGUUGUUUCGUAAGAAUUUGAUAACGAUCCCUUCGUUUUGUUUGGGUGGUCCAAAUUCUUCUGAAAGGGUUACUAAUUUUCUGAUUCUUUAGUGUGUAAAAAAGCAAACCAUAUCAGUAUGCUUAAGAAUUUUUUCUGGUUUUUGGUUCUUGAACAAGAUUAUAUAUUUGUAGUUUCUUGAUUUUGUGACUGUAAUGAGAUAUUUUCUUAAUUUUAUAUGACUGAAAGUUCUUUUA